AUGCGCUACGAGAGCUGGGACGUCCAAUUGAUCGGGCUUCCCAAUACCCAAGGGCCUUCCCCCGAGUUCCGGACCGAAUGCUAUCUCGUUCAGGACCGAGAUUCCGCCUACGAAAAUGAGUAUCCCCUGGUGGAAACUUUCACGCCCAGUCUCAAUCCAGGAACCCCGUUUUGCAUCGCGGCCAGACACUGGGGCCCUGUCCAGAUCAGCGAGCACACUCGUGCCCUGCAGCAGCGACUUGGCAGGGACCCUAGCUAUCAUAUCCGCAUCAGGAUCGAUGGCAUUACCGUUUCGGCCCAGACUGUACCUGUAGCCGCUAUCACAUUGCCUGUCGUGAUGGAAAACAUCAGCAGAUUACUCGCCAGACAUGGGAACGAUGACACCUUGAGGUUCCCUGCCUUCUAUGAGGCCCUGCUUAAGUCCUCGCACCAUCCCGCCGAUGACAACGGGCGCAUCAAGGUCAUCAUUGAUGAAGGCUUUGUCCAACUAUCUAAUCCCAACUCCUUUGAUAGAGUCCUGACGGUCGUCGGAUUUUCUUGGCAUCAUGUCCCACAGGGCAUGCUUCGAUUCAAGCUGGUGGCAUGGCCAAACGCCGCCACGCGAGGAAGACCUUUCCCUAGGCGCCCUCAGCCCAUCCCCCCGCCUACCGCUGGAGUCGUUGUGCCGGAGUUCAGCCAGUACCAUUGCCACAUUCCCUAUCAACAAGGCCAACUGGAGCCGCCGGCCAACGCUCCGCCAGCGGGAGCGGCUCCGGUGCCGCGCUGGGUCGCCAACCAGACCUUCGGGCCCGGUAACCAAACCGGCUUCGAUCCCAUGGGCUCGUCUCAGCCCCCUUUCCAGAUCCGCCGAAGCACAGACCCGGCUUGGGAGAUGUCCCCCGUCGGCAUAGCAGGCGACACGAACCAGCUCGACUUGGACGUGCUUGGGCUGGGAGAUCAAGCCAACUUCGGCGCGGCCAUGCCUUCGCUCGGCCAACACACCCGCGAGGACAAGAGCAUGCCCGACGCUCCCGAUGAAUUUGACCAGCUCUUCGCCAGCAGUGGUGAGCCGAUGCACCUGUCCGGCCCCAGCCUUAACGAGGACCAGAGCGACACCCCUCCUCUGACAGAGUCGACAAGCGUGUCAACUGGACCCGAUAUUAAUAACAUCAUGCCUGAGUUCGACGCGCCCAAUGACUUGAUCACUCCGCUUUCAGACCCUCAAUAUAUCUUUGGCAGCCCAACAGGGCAGCCCAUCCAACCAGCAUCAACGGAGCCACAGCAUGUACUGGUGGACCAUCAUCUAGUACCGCUGCCAGCGUCAGAAGUUCAGCCCAGGAAGAGGAAUGGCCAACUCCGCGACAAUAACAACAAUGAUGACAACUACACCGGUCCCAUUGGCGCCGGAAGCCCUCCUGUCACAUUCUCGCCAGCAGAUAGUUUCAACUUGGGCAACGGCACCCCGGCCCAGCGAGCCAACUUCUCCAAUAAUCACAACUACCCCGGGCCCGCGCAUGAAGCCAGCCUCGCCGUCGUUGGCGGCCCUCGCACAGUCUGCCCCACAGAGAUCUUCAACUUGGGCAACGGGGCCCCCGCCCACCAGCCCAUCUUCUACGUACCACCCGCGCUGGGCCUCAACUCUGUCGUGCAAGCGGAGGGCAUCCCAUGCCCAUCUUUCAACUUCAGCGGCGGUGACGGCUCCGGUGCUACCGGCCCAGUCUCUUCGAACGGCCGCCCAAGAAAAUCCUCUACGGGUGGCAGCAACGGCAGGGAGACAAGCGCAGCGAAAUCGACGGCAUCUAGAGCCCGCAAAGCGGCGGGUAGCAAGAUCAACAAGAAGGCCCCCUCGGCCAGCCCGGCGAGCACGAUAGUGAGCCCUGACAAGGCAAGCCGCGACCCGAGGCCGAGGAAGCGCUCACGCACGGGCACACCCUUGGCGGCACCCACGGUGGCUGCCGUCGCGAGCGACGUCGUUGACACGAUCCAGGAAGAGUCUAAUGACACGCUGUCACUAGAUGAGGACUUUGGCGUCAGGCUUCUCGUUGGACAAUGA